AUGCAGGUGGACGGUAAUACGCCUCAGGCAGUGAAAUGUCCGAUAUUGGAAGUAUUGGAAGCUCGAGGGCCAGCAGAGCAUUGGCAUGUCCACUCACUGAAGCAUGCAAAUAUCGACUAUGAGGUGAUAGAUGCCGACCCCAUCGCGUCACCUAUUAGUGCCUCUAUCGCAAUUUUCCAAAAUGGGUGCAUGUUAUUGGAUCAGCUGGGACUCUAUCAGGAUCUUCGCUCUCCUGUCCACCUCAAAAGAACGAACGUCCGACUUUCGUCACGCAAACUGCUGACAGGACCUAAUGCAGGAAUACUUCUUGAACAACUGUAA